GUUCCGAAGUUUGAAGUUUGAAGUUUGAAGUUAGAAGCAUGAACAUGACACCCUUUUCACAAGCCUAAUAAUCCUCUUCGCCGUCUCAUUGCAUUGCAAUAUAUAGAGACACAUAGCUAUUAACACUUCACUUUCGCUCUCUCUAGAUUUGGUUUGUGUGUGGUAGCUUCAUCGUCCCCACUGAAUAGUGAAGGGUACAUAGCACCCCACCACCCUAUUUCACUCUCCCAAUCAUGCCUUCGGGUGCUAAGAAGAGAAAAGCUGCCAGGAAAAAGAAGCAAAAGGAAAGCAACAUCAACCCAUCAGCCAACAACCCCAAAGAUAAUGAUGAUUUGAAGUCCCAAGAUGGGAAAGGAAGUGAUGGUAAUUCUCCUGUAUAUUAUGAACAUGAUGGCCUUCGUAAUCCAUCCAAUGAUGGAAGUGAAGAGCUGGAAGAGAGGGGGCCAUUGACUGCUCAACCGCGUGCUUCUGAUGUCGAGUCCUCUGAAGAAGUCCCUCGUGAUGUCAAGAUUGACCAUUUGUUAGGAGGAGAGGAAGGUGGUGGUGUUUUGGUAGAGAGAGGUUUGGAGUCUGAGGAAAGUUCUGAGAGCACAAAUGCAAGUUUUGAGCACAUUGAGACUGCCAAGGAAUCACAUUAUCAGGAUGGGAAUGGCUACGAUAUCUCAAAGGGUGAAUCUUUCACUCAGAAGAGAGGUUUGGAGUCUGAGGAGAUUUCCAAGAGCAAAAAUGUAAGUUUUGAGCAUAUUGAGACUGCCAACGGUGGCGAUACUUUAAAGGGUGAAUCCUUCCCUGAAAAGAACUCAGAGGAUGGGUAUUGUAAUUCAGUUGAAGAGGCAAUUGCAAGUCAUGAGUUGGUUAAGUCCAUUGAUUCUUCCCCUUCCAAAAUGAUUUCUAUUACUGAAAUGGCACCAGUUGAGGAGACUGUUAAUUCAGCUUCUGACCCUGCUGUUACUUCAAUUAAGGCCAUGAAUUUUGUUUCUGAGGUAGAAAAGAGCGAUAGUGGAAGUGUAUUACUAGAGAAGUCAGUGGUCCAUCCUGCAGAAGCGACCAACUUUGCUAUGAAGGUAAAUGAGGACAAUGCAUACUCCUUAACUAAUCAGAAUGUGACAACAUCAAGUGUAAAGGAACCUAAGCCAAAGGAAUGUGAUAAUGAAGUGUUAGCUUCACUGUCUGCUAGUCCUUUCACUAAAUUUACUAAUGGUGCAGAAAAUAUUAAGGAUUCCAAGACUGCAGAGCAAUCUGAAAAUCAGCCUCGUGUAGCAUCGGCUCCAAAUGUGGUGAAAAAGACCUCCUGGUUGAGUUGCUGUGGAUUGUUUGAAGUUCUGUUAACUUCAAAUAGAUAAUUUCAGGUUUUGCCGUUGAAGAAAUACAAGCGCGAGUAUUUCAACUGAUGGGUCAAACUUGUGAAGAUUUAGAAGAACUUUCUUAAGAAUUUUGUGAUAUUUUAAUGUAGAUUAUCUCCUUUAAGAUCUUCAAAAAUAUAGCGGGCAAGUAGGCAAAACUGUGUAAUCCAUACAAUGUUUGUUUUCAUUACAGUUGGAAUUGUUUGUGGUUGUUGUGUUAGCGACAAUUACAGUCUUGCAAACUGAUUUGUUAAUUUUAUGAUUUGGAAUUUUUGUCUUAGUACUGUUUUCUGUU